GUGAAGCAAACUUACCUAAGUUUACUUUGAAAACAAGUAAAAAAAAAAUUGAAUUUUCUUGUGUCACUCUAAUUCAUAUUUUUCAAGACAUCGGAUUCUUCCAUAAUGGGACGAUCUUCGCGAAAACAAUCGGCAAAAAGCAGUGAUGGAGGCGGGGAUCAACCUACACCCACUGCAACAGAUACAGCCACACGCAUUUUUCUAUAUCUUAAAGCGAAGGCUAUCGAAUACCCCAUUGGGGAGGAUGUUUCGGUGGAAAUUGAAUUGAUACAUCCCAAUGUCAUCACCAAACUAUGCGAUCAUUAUACACCAGACAAUGUUAUUCUUUUGGAUGAAUUUAAUGUGGAGAAGCCCACUUUUAGUAUGACCAUCAACCAGAAUGACAUUGAGGUUUGUCAGACACCGCUCUCAUUGGUACUCUAUGAAAAUGUCAUAGAAUCCUUUUGUCGAGACAAUGAAUCUGGUACUGGAGUAAGCAUUAAUAGCCGUGAUAUCAAAGACUUUGAAACACCUACCGAUGAGGUUGAAGAGGAGGAACUGUUGGUAAUCCAUAGAAAUGCCGUAGCCAUGGGUUAUAUUGAUUUGCUGGAGUUUUUCAUCAAAACUAGAUGCCAUUCGCAGUGUACAGUAUUCCUAUAUCCCUUGCCCUCCUCCAGUCACCAUAUAAGCUCUAAAAUGGAAUGGGAGAUCUACUCUUUACAUCCUUUGAUAAAGCAGGCCAACUUUUCCAAUGUUGCCUUUAUCACCUUAACUUCCAUCUAUAAUGUGGAAGACCUUUUGAUGAAUGAUUGUGAGGAUUUAACGGCUCGUUUGUCAUUCGUAGCCAAUACGCCUAAUGAAAUGGGUCAGUAUGAGAAAAUCCCUUUAUGCCAAUUUACUGGUUUCACAAAGCAAGUCAUUGCUGAUCAAAGCCUGGAUUUGAAAUGGGAAACACUUAAAAAUAAGAAAAUUGGCAACGAACAAAGCAUGGGUGUUAACACUCAAACCAAAGUGAACAAACAGAAAUUGUUUCGUAAUCUGUUGUUUACCGAAAAUGUGGAUUUCAAUAUAGCAGAUAUAGAUGCAGCUUUCGAUAUGGCUUUGAUAUGUAACUCCUUGCAUCGUUAUAUAUUAACCUAUGAUAUGGAAAAGACAUUGGAAGAAGUUUUGGCAUUAAACAGGUAUCGCAUGGUGGUCGAGAUAAUUCAGGAAAGGGAUCCUACUGUGGUGCUAUUACAGGGUUUUCUUGAUUUAUCGGUUAUGAUGUAUCCUCAAGUUUCCAAUUGCAGUUUUGCCAUUGAGUUGAGACCGCCGGGAUACAAAAAACCUACAUUGACCCCCACUACGCAUAAAGAUAGGACCACGCCAAAGCAAAAAAUGAGUAAAAAAGGAAAACGCACAGAUUCCAUAACCACAGUGGAAACAACAACAAGAACAACCACAUCAACCUUGAAGGAAAAAUUUCCUUUUGCCAUCAUCCAAAUAUGUUUGGACAAACCCAUAACAGAUCCAAUACAGGAUAUUAUAGAAGUUGCCAAACCAUCAUUGUAUCAUCGGCAACUGUUUAAAUGUCCCCGCAAACAACGGCAAAAGAAGUAUGCCCUAGAAACCCCAAUGGAAAUUAUUCGUGAGGAUAGCUAUAGGGCAUUUGAGGACACCAUACUGGGCAUGGUCUUGUAUAUACUACAAAAUAACAUUCAAUCUGCCCAUGAAGACAAACAGUUCUAUUGCUCCCAGUUGGGCAAUAUUACCAAUAGAAUACUGCGUUUGGUGGCAUGUGACUUUAAUAGGCGCCAGCAGACCAAUACGAAUCUUGAAUUUACGAAACUUAUGACUCUGGUUUAUAAGGAACUAUCACAGCUUGUCUAUGAUAUUGUAAUGAAAUACAAUUCCCCAGAUUCUGGUAAUGGCAUUUCUGCCGAACAACAGCUCCAAAGUACCAUUAUAAGCCACAUUAAUAUUGCCAAAUAUCAAUUUGAACUGGGAAACUUGGAGAUGGGUAACUAUGUUAUUGCCAAGUUGCAGGAGCAAUACUCAAACAAUGUGAUGUUGAAAUUCUAUAUGUUUCUCUAUGACAUGGAACGCCAGAACUUUGAGGCAGCCAAACUUUAUUUAGAUAAACCCUACAGGGAGAAGUAUUCCGAAGCCCUGGUAUAUAUCAAUAUUAUAGACUUAUACAUUACCUAUAAACAGCAGCAAAGUGAUUCCGAGCAAGUCAACUCUGCCAAGGAAAAUCUACUUCAUAGCCUUAGUCAACAUUGCGAGGCGAAUUUUCAGGACAUUUCAACUUGGAUUUUACUCUAUUGCCUGUAUAAGCAAAACAAAUAUUUUCCCGGCAUGGAGUAUUGCCGUUGGAAUUUUGAAAAUUUAUUGAAUAAUGUUUGCUGGGUUAUGCCUGCAAUGCCACAAAGUCGUUGGGACAUGUAUAUGCCGCAUAAAAUUGAAUUCAAAUCGAAAAGGUCACAAAAUUUCUAUAUAGUAACCAACCUAUUUUUAAAAUUGGGGCUUUAUGAAUUUGCCCAAUGGAUUUUUGAUGAAAUAUCACCAGAGGCAAUGGAGUUGGAGAAAUACUUCAUAAACAACACACUCAAAAUCUUGAUGAAUAAAUUGGAAAAGAAAUUCAAUAUAAAAAACUUUCCAACGGAAAAGUUUUUGAAUUCUAAGCAAAUGGUAGGUGUGGAUGGCGCCUUGGUAGCCGAGUUGGUAGGAUGCUCGGACUGCCAGUGCGGGGCCGGUGGCUUCGAUUCCCACCAGAGGCCAUGGUCUGCCGCUACUGAGUCUAGUGCUACCUUAUCUCAAGUUAAUGGAAAUUUGGAAUAUGCCCGCAAUGCAUUGUCGGAAUCGGCCAUGAAAUAUUAUUCCCAAAUAUGUGAACUAGAAAGUUUGGAAACUUGCGAGCUUUACAAUUUGGGCAUUCUGCGCUAUGCUUAUCAUUUGAUGGCUGCAAAGGAAUAUGCCAAAGCCAAGGAUGUUUUCUCCUUGUGCUGUUAUAGCACAAAGGGAAUUGGUAUUGUGGCAGCUAUUGGCAAAGGAAAAGCGUGUUAUAGGCUCAACGAUUUGGACGAAGCUGAAAAGUCGUUUGCCCAGGCUACCCAUUGCGACAUGUACCUUCCCAACAUAUGGGCCUAUUUGGCACUCAUAAAUUUGAGAAAAGGGGAGAACUACCAAGCUUUGGAAUGUUGGAAAUAUGCUCGCCUAAAUCCAAAGGAAGAAAUACAUGCUGAGAUUUUACAUGAGUUGAAGUCCAUAAACUAUGAGAAUAUUGAUUUGUUUGUAGAUGCGCCCGAUUUUAGGAUGGAGUGUACCAUGAAACAUUAAAGCCGAUUAAUACAUUCAUAAAAAUUUGUUUGUCAUAUAUUUUCUUAAUAAAUUUACAAAAUAAUUCUAUACAGCUAACCGA